UCUCGUGACUGGCUUUUCCUCCUCAGCUAUAAGUGCGAGCCGUGUUAGUUUUAGUUGCCAGAGUUGAGCCAUCUGCCACGGAAAUGAAGUCAAAAGGAUUCCAAAUGGAGCCCAAGCUUCGAGUCUUGAGCAACACGCACCAAAAAAGGAACACCUUUAACUGGAGUGCUUUGGUGUGCUGAGGUUUUUCCUUUUCCCAUUUUGAGGAAGGAAGCAAGCAAGCAAGCAAGCCGUGCAACGGUCAAUCCUGAUGGCCUGACGGGAAUCUGAAUGAGCACGCUGAAGGCCAAAGUGUCUAGGCAACAAGAGCGGAGCCCUGGAGGCAUCCCUGCACCCAAAAACUUUGAGACCCCCCCAAAACAUCGGCAAGCGGGUUUCUGGCUUUCAAUGCCUUGCUCACGUAUUUCAAGGCAUCCUGUCCCUUCAUCCCACCGGUCAUUAGGAUUCAAUGGAGCGGAGAAAUAUGAAAGUUUUAGGAGGAGGACUCAGUCACAGCAUGCUGGAACCAAUGGCAGGCAGAGGGUCCCGUGGAUCAGAACCACUUGACCUAUCAAAAGCGACUAACGUUUUGUCCAGAGACGCUGCUCACACCCACCAGCCGUCGUCGUCUCCGGAGGCCAUCGAGGAGCCGAGCGCAUGAGUCAUUUCCAUGCUCCCUCUUCGUCUUUCCAAAACGAUUCUACAGCAGAUGGUGCUAUUGCACUAAAUAUUGAGACUUGAUUUGUUUUCUUUUUUUUUUCAGAUGAGGGCCGAUGGAGACAAUGAGGAAGAAUCGUCGUCUGUUCAGCAGAAAGAAGGGGAGGGGGACGACUGGGAGAAAGCGCUGUCUGUCCAAUACUUUGCUGACGUCAUCAGUGAUUCGGCAUCCACAAGUGGAGACCGGAUGGGCCCGCACUACACAGAAAAAGAUUUUGAGUAUCACCGGCACACGAUUCAUCACGUCCAUCACCCCCUCUCCACUCGCUUGCCCGCAACGCAAUGCUUCCGCAAGAGGGUGCACGGCGCCGAGCGCAGGCGCAAAAAGAAACGCAAGAAAAGAAAGACGUCCCUGCCGCCCUCCGAUGUGACGCCCACCAUCCACGAGGUCGACGAGGAGGAGGCCGAGUGUGAAAUGGAAAGGCGGGAGGCCGUGGCUGGUGACGCGCAGUUUAGUUUGGAGAGUCGAGAGCACUUGGACGAAGCUCUUCCAGUCGCCUCCGUCCACACGGAAAAUGAAGAGCGGCGCCGGGCCCAGAAAGGCACCAUCUCUAGCAACGGUAAGCUUCGCUCCGGAGGACAUGAUGUCAUCGAGCACCUGGAUGAGGAGCCAAAGGAGUCCCGCAAGAGCACGAGCCCGGGAUGCGAGUCGUCCGCCGGCGGCGGCGCCGCCACCCCGAGCUGGUUCUGUCGAAAGGCCGCCCACCAUCGCGUAGCCGGCGCCCAGCGUUGCAACUACGACCUGAGGGAGCGCAUUUGCAUCGGCAGCAUGACGGCGGCCGAGACGGCCGUCUAUCAACAAGUGCCAACCGAUGAAGCCGAGGCCCAGAUGUUGGCCAGCGUGGACUUGGAUGACAUGAAAAGUCACAGAUUUGAAGACAACCCCGGGGUGAGACGCCACUUAGUCAAGAAGUCGUCCCGGUUUCAGAUGGGCCGUGCCAGCAACAGUUCCACGCCGCUGUCCAGCCUGAAGAUGAAGAAACGAGCGUCGGACAAGAAGAUUCACGAGUUGUUUGUGGAGCUCAACGAGCUGAUUGUGGAAAAGGACCAUGAAAUGCGUUGGAAGGAGCGCGCCCGCUGGAUCAAGUUUGAGGAGGAUGUGGAGGAGGAGACGGAGCGCUGGGGCAAACCUCACGUGGCUUCGCUGUCAUUUCGCAGCCUCCUGGAGCUUCGCCGCACCAUCACGCACGGUGCGAUCCUUCUGGACCUGGAGCAGAACUCUCUUCCGGGAAUUGCCCACUUGGUGGUGGAGACCAUGAUCAUCUCUGAUCAAAUUAGAGCUGAAGACAGAUCCUGCGUGCUCAGGGCUCUGCUGCUCAAACACAGUCAUCCGAGCGACAUGAAGCAUCGUUUUCACCGGCACCACUCAUCGAGCAGUCUUCACGGCAGCUUCAAUCACAACCACGUGCAGGACACCAGCCUGCCCCUCGUGGCUGAAGAAGUGGAAGAGGAUGGCAAAGGACCCGUCUAUGACCCCAAGCAAGAAGUCUUUGUCAGCCUGUUUAAAUCUUUCCACCCCGUAUCUCCGGAGAGCCAUCCGGCGGCCGCCAGAUCUUUGAAACUCUUGGCCAAGAUACCGAGAGAUGCCGAAGCUGUCAUUGUUUUAGUGGGCUGCGUGGAAUUCCUGGAGCAGCCGGCCAUGGCCUUCGUCCGGCUGAACGAGGCCGUGCUUCUGGAGUCCGUCUUAGAGGUGCCGGUUCCUGUUCGCUUCAUUUUCGUCCUGCUCGGUCCCAGUCAGUCCAACGUGGACUACCACGAGAUCGGACGUUCCUUCGCAACACUCAUGUCUGACAAGAGCUUCCACGAGGUGGCUUACUUUGCCGACAACAGACAGGAUCUCCUAAACGGUAUCAACGAAUUCCUGGACUGCAGCAUCGUCAUCCCGCCAUCCGACGUGGAGGGCAAAGACCUACUGAAGACCGUAGCCGACUUCCAGAAGCAGAUGCUACGCAAGCGAAAGGAACGGGAGCUGAAGAAGCACCACUCUUCGUCCGGCAUGGAGCAGAACAACAAAGACAUGAUUCAAGAGGAGGAAGAGGAUGGCGACCAAGAGAUGGACCCUUUAAAGCGUUCGGGGAUUCCGUUCGGAGGACUCCUCCAUGACAUUCGCCGCCGCUACCCCAACUACGUCAGCGACUUGAAGGAUGCCGUGGACAUGCAGUGCGUGGCUGCGGUCAUCUUCAUCUACUUUGCUGCACUGUCGCCCACCAUAACGUUUGGCGGCUUGCUCGGGGAGAAGACAGAGGGCAUGAUGGGAGUGAGCGAGUUGAUUGUUUCCACUGCCACGCUCGGCGUUAUAUUCUCACUCCUGGCCGGUCAGCCUCUUCUCAUCAUUGGCUUCUCGGGACCUUUACUGGUUUUCGAGGAAGCCUUCUACAAGUUCUGUCAGGCCUACGAUUUUGAGUACCUGACCGGUCGAGUGUGGAUCGGCUUCUGGCUCGUCUUCAUCGUGCUGCUGAUUGUGGCGGCGGAGGGCAGCUUCCUCGUCCGCUUCAUCUCGCCCUUCACUCAAGAGAUCUUUGCUUUCCUGAUCUCCCUCAUCUUCAUCUACGAGACCUUCUCAAAGCUCUUCAAGGUGUUUCAAGAACAUCCGUUGAUGGCGUGGUACCCUGGGGACUCCACCCCUCCGUCUGAGCUUCAGGAGGUUCAGAGCCAACCCAAUACCGCUCUGCUGUCUCUGGUCCUCAUGAUGGGCACUUUCUUUUUGGCGUUCUUCCUCAGAAAGUUCAGAAACAGUCGGUUCUUAGGCGGCAAGGCAAGAAGAAUCAUCGGAGACUUUGGUAUUCCCAUUUCCAUUUUAGUUACUGUGUUGGUGGAUUACUCCAUCACCGACACUUACACACAGAAGCUGGACGUGCCGUCCGGCUUUUCAGUCACGUCCCCCAACAAGAGAGGCUGGUUCAUCAGUCCCUUUGGAGAUAAGCAGCCCUUCCCUACUUGGCUGAUGGGAGCGUCCAUUGUGCCCGCCCUUCUUGUGUUCAUCCUCAUUUUUAUGGAAACGCAGAUCACUUCCCUGAUUGUCAGUAAGAAGGAGCGUCGCCUGGUGAAAGGCUCGGGGUUCCACCUGGACCUGCUGCUGAUCGUGAUUCUGGGAGCCUUCUGCCCCCUCUUCGGCUUGCCGUGGCUGACGGCGGCCACCGUGCGCUCCGUCACUCACGUCAACGCCCUCACGGUCAUGAGCAAAGCCACGGCGCCUGGAGAGAAGCCCGUGAUCCAGGAAGUCAAAGAGCAGAGGCUGACGGGACUUCUCGUCGCCGUGCUUGUCGGUAUGUCCAUCGUGAUGACCGACGUGCUGCGUCACAUCCCUCUGGCCGUGCUCUUUGGCAUCUUCUUGUACAUGGGGGUCACCUCUUUGACGGGGAUCCAGCUGUACGAACGCAUCACGCUCAUGGUCACGCCGGCCAAGCACCACCCCGACCACAUUUACGUCACCAAGGUGAAGACAUGGCGCAUGAACAUGUUCACCCUCAUCCAGCUGGGCUGCAUCGUCACGCUGUGGGUCGUCAAGUCCACCGCCGCCUCGCUGGCAUUCCCCUUCGUCCUCAUCAUGACGGUGCCAUUGCGCCGCGUCAUCCUCUCCAGGAUUUUUGAGGAACGGGAGCUCCAGGCGCUGGAUUGCGAUGAAGACUCGCCCAACUUUGAUGAAGAUGGACGAGAUGAGUACAACGAGAUUCACAUGCUCGUGUAAAGUUGACCGAGCCGAAAAAGACUGCCUUCUCCUUUUUUUGUUUUUUCUUUGUGCGCUCGCCCUCUUGACGGUCGCAAAUGGGUUACAUCAAUGAAUUUUAUUUUAUAUAUAUGUGUAUAUACUAUGUGUAUAUAUAUAUAUAUAUAUAUAUAUAUAUAUGCGCGUAUGUGUGUGGUGCGGCUGGAACUUGGCCGAAAUUGUGUGCGAGUCCCCUACCUGAAGUCAUGAAAGGACAAUGACUGAUUCUAUCCCUUUAAUUAGCGUGCAGACUUUGGGCCAAUGUGCAAUGUUAAUGGUCACCCACCCCUGAGACAAACACAAAGCGGCUGCUGGAUGAAUGCCUUUAAAAAAAUGUCGACGUAAUGAAUAGGUGAACUCCUUGCCCCCAAAGCAAAAAGGAUGUCGAAACCAAAUGAUAUUUCCUGAGCUCUUUACACAACUGCCAAUUUCUUUCCAAGGUUAUGCAAACAGGCCUUGGACGCUGUUGUGAUGAGACGUUGGCUUACACUCGUGCCAGAAAUCGCCUUCAAUAUCAUGGCGCUCCAAUGCAAAUGUCGCUAAAAUAGAAUGAUGCCAAGUUGAGCAAAUGGUGGUGGCCCACUGCGAGAGCAGAACUUUACAGAUGUCAGCGAUCCAGUACAGGUCAAAUGUCCAAAAUGUGCCCAGCCCAGAAGGGUUCAAAAAGUCCAGAUGAAAAAGACGAGUGCGGAGAUGUUGACGGGCACUUCAAGCACUUUGGCCAAACAAGACGUCAACACUCGUUCAAGCCAAACGUUUGUGGCCAGGCGGAACACAGCACAAAAGGAACACUUACAAAUAAGUCACUUGGCGUUCGUUUUCUUCACCCUUUUUUUUUUUACAUUCUGCUGCUUGGUAAUGUUUAAACCUUAACUGCAAAUAAGGUGUUGGCCCACAGUUAAAAGGACCUUGUGUAAUGUGCUUCAUCCCACGCCGCCUCCUAAAAGAAGAAAAGGAAAAAAAAAAAAAAAGUCCUUCUUCAUAUUAGCUCUUUCAUCUUCUCGACAAGAUUUCCAGUACACAUUUCACAUAUGUCAUGAAUAAUACAGCAAAACACGUCAGCCGAGAAACUAAGCAAACGCACGUGUAGCCGACGCACGCGCCCGGGGGAGCGUUGGCAGCCCGGCGGGCUGAUGUAUUGGAUGGUGCCACCGUCAAUCGGAAUCUUCCGUCACCCAUCGGCCAAACGGCGAGCUGGCCGCACAAUUCCAAUUAGCCGCAGUUUGCUCAAAAGCCGUCGUCGAUGUCUGCCGAUGAUGAUGCGUUUGGCCUGCGCCGCCAUUUUGCCAGAUGUUUUUGCUCAUGAGGCGUAUUCAGGAAAAGACAAAUCCUGCUUAUUAGGAAAGCAGCUGGUAAAAAUCCUCUGAUAAGCAACGUUUGAAUCUGCCGGCCGCUGUCUCGGGAGUCUCCGCAUCCCCCGAAAAGUUCCAUGCGAGCCAAGCAAAGUGAAAGCGGACGGCUAAUCAUUUUCUAUGGUGGCUUUCUUGUGUGCGUUUGAUUUUUUGUGCCCCUCGAGGUUAUUUGGUUUGCUGUUGUGCACAGGCACUUGCUUCUCGGUUGUCAUGGGCUCAUUUUGUUUUUUCGUUUUGCUGCGAGUUGUGUGUGGCUCAAGAUCACCAAUCCCUAGUUUGUUGGACGACCCAGCUUUAUAGCUGCAGGAGUACAAUCGACCGCCCCCCGCUCAAGUGGACCUUUCCAGUUGAUAUUUGGCCCCGAUGUGCGUUUACACAAGCGUGGCCGGCCGGAGCCAUACAAGAAUUCUCUCAGGGUAAACUGACCUUUGAACUGUACAUUCCCAGCCUUUUGUUAGCUGAGAUGUGUUUGUACAAAAAUCACAUGCGGCUUGCUUUGCUCAAGUGCAGAAGAUGAAUGACGUGUUGAAGGAUUUGCAAAUUUCACACCUCCCUCCCUCCCUCCCUCCCUCCCUCCCUCCCUCGCUUGCUUGAUUCGGUCAAGCUUUUGGAGCGCCUUGUUACGUUCAUUCUCACUGCUUCGUUUCAGACAAUCCACUCAAUGUCAAUCUUUUGUUGGCAAUUGUAAAGAACAUGAGCUGUGAUUUUUGGAAAGGCGUGGUAAAUGAGCGCAGCCGCUGGAGCUUUGCGGCACAUUGUCCACGUGCUGCCCUUUGUGCCACAAGUAAAGAUCAUCAAACGUGCCGUGUCCUGUCUGAUUGUUGGACGUCCAAACGUGCAGGUUGAAAAGAAAACUACUUGCGUUUGGUUUCUUUUAACCCUCGAAACUUCGGGCCCUGUCAACCAGUGACGUGCUGCCAGGUUCAUGACUGACGUCCUCCUCCGAGCGAAGCGUCUUUGGUUUUAAAAGAGCUAUGUAUAAAAAUUCAGCGAUUUUGCUUCCAGAUGAUACCGAACCAUUGAAAUGAAAAGGAAAAUGACUUUAUGAUAAAAACAAUCCAAUUUGUUUUGCCCCUUUUCAUGCGUCCCUGCUGUCAACAGUCUUUGUUCUGUCACCUCCAUUAGGGCGGAGCACCCAGAGCACUUAGCUUGAUUUCAAAAGUCUUCGAUUGAACGGGGAUGGUCAGGAACAAAAAGCAACAAAGACAGAUAAGCGCUCCUCUCACAAGCACAUGGAUAGAGCUCAACUUUUAGUUUUCCUCGCAAAACAUCUUCGAAACAAACACGUGGUGAGCAACACUCCAUUUGUAUUCCUGCUCCUUAGCCCACGUCAAGAAAGUCGUACGGAUCUUUUGAAAAGUGCUUUUCUUAGCGUGAAAGGUCAUCAUGGGAGGACCUUGGCUAUUUCUCCAAAGACGCCGCUGGAGUGUUUGUUUAAACCGUGCGGCAAGUUCAGAUGUCUUGUCGCGCAGCACAAACAACAAGAGGGCAAUGAGGCCAUUGCGUUUGUGCAACUUUGGCUUUGUCUGUCCGCAAGAUGAGAGAAAUACGUGGCUUUGGUCUAUUGGGACCGCUCCCUUUCCCAAACUUCUUAUUUACUGCAACGGACACACGUUCAAAGAAUUUGCAGCGCGCGCGGGACAAUGGCAUCAUAUUCUGAGAGCCCAUCGAGAAAAGAACAACAACUCGUGCCGUCCUACGAUGAAGUCUUGCAAACGUAUAAUGUCGACAGAAAAGGACGGGAUUAGUGUCUAUGUACAAAUGCGAAUCUAUCCUUGUAAAUAAACAUAUAUGUACGCAUGUCCAUUUUGAAAAGUAUCCAUGCUAACAGGUAGCGGUGCUAACAUGCUAACAGGUAGCGGUGCUGCACGGCUUCCAUUUGGGCCGACACCCGCGCCUCGAGCACGUCGCCAUUUCUAUCAGGUUCAAACAGCUUCGUUAUUGUUAUCAACGUACUCGUCAUUUUUUUCCAAUUCCUGUAAAGCAUUAUUUUUGUGGAAAAUAAACGUGUUUCAAAACA